AUGGAAGCUUCGGAAGAUCGCAUCACGGAAAAAGUGCAGUCCCUCAGCGAUCUGGAGCUUGCCGUUCUCAUCUGCUUGGUCGCGGAUCAACAUUGCAUCAUCGAAGCGGAAAGGCAACUGACCCGUGACGUUCUGGAGGAGUUGAAACUUGUUGCUACCAAUACUUUCGGACUAACAUGGGCUAUACUGGAAUGCACCGAGCACACCACGCUGGACGAUUUCGGAAGCGGAAUCCUUGUGAGAGGAGAAGAGAACGACUACUUCGGCAACAAAGCUGGGCGUGGUAGAGGAGAGUUUUCGGCCAUCUCAGUAUCACCUGGGAAGCCUGGCGGACAUACAUCGAGGUCAUCCAAACCGUUCAGUCCAUUGGACAACCAACGCAUCGCGAACAUAGUUAUCGCAAGAAACCUCAACAGGGCGAAUCCGCAGGUCCAAAUCCAGGCCUUGGAGCUGAUACGAGGCAAGCGGAACUUUACGAGGACAGCAGUACAUGCGGCUCCAAAACCGUUCCUAUUCAUCGCUUUGAAUGCCUCAGAUACACCGCGAUUAACCAUGCAUCUGAACGAUCAGUUCUUCAUCUCACACAAGCAUCAAGCAGAUGAUGGACUGCCAAAUCUUGAAGAGCUGCAAGAAAAGAAUCAUGCAUCAGAUGACGGUGCAUCAAUGUCUUCCGUGGUACGCACGCCGCCGUUCCAACCGGGAAAGCAUAAGCCGCAACAAGCAUUGUUCCUACCUGAUGACCUUGAGACAUUGACGAAGCUGGUGUCGCAAGUCAGAAUCAGUUCUGAAGUAAGAGCCUAUUUAUACAACAUCAUUGUGUUCAUGCGACUGCAUCGAGCAGUUGCAGGAGGCAUCUCUGCUUUGGCCACAAGACACUUCAACACGCUGGCACAUACGCUCGCCCCACUCCACGGUCUCGAUUAUAUCUCGCCGUCCAUGAUCGCCCUCGCCGCUCGCAAGAUAUACCCACAUCGCAUUGUCAUCACUGCACCAGAGAACGAGCGCAGCAUGCAAUGGGGCAGCUCGCUUGAAGCGGUCAAGGCUGUCCUCGAAGGUGUCACGGUUGAGGAUGUCAUUGAGGAAGUGCUCGAAUCAGUGGAAGUUCCGCUUUAG